AUGCAAACGAGAAUUUGUGUGAGUCGUGAUGUGAGUCCCGUGGGCUCGGAAAUCUCAGUUGGAUCUCCAUCGCCACCACCAUCUGAGUGCGAAACAUCUAAAAAUGGUGACGAUUAUUUUCAACCAUUGAAACGUCUUAAGAUGAUUGAUCGAGAAGACAACAAUAAUCACAGUGAUACUAGUCGAAGCACCAAGAGCUCUGCUGCGAAGUCAACGGUGGAAGGUGUGAAGAGUUUUAGCAUAGCAGAUAUCUUAGGUCGUGAUACGAAUAAGUGUUCAAACCCCCGUGAUACAAUCAACAGUCUCGCUCACACUUUACAACAACAAGCGAGAAUUGUGAGGCCGUGGGAUCAUCUGCAACAUCCGAUCUCGAUCCGACCACUUCUGCCACCUGCACUUCUUCACUAUGAACAGCGAUUAGCGAUGGAUUAUCAUCAACAACUUCAGGAACAUUUUCGAGCUCAAGCUCAGCUACUUCGUCACAUGAACUUGGAAAUUAUUCCCUCCGAGAGUGGAUCAGAACGAUCGAGUUCUGUGGCGAGCGAUUGUUGUUCACCAGACAUUGGUCGAUCAUCUGAAAAUUCAGGAAGAUCACAACAACAAAACCAACGAGAUCAACAACAGAAGCAACAGUCAAACAACAAUAAAUCUCCCAAUGGAACUCCACUCGAUGCACUCUUUCAACUUUCGAAUAAGAAUUUCGAUGAACAACAAAACGAAGGAGAAAAUUCGCAUUUAAAUUUAUUUGCAACGCGACCGCAGCCAAAGAAGAAGAGAAAAUCAAGAACUGCUUUCACGAAUCAUCAAAUAUUCGAGUUAGAGAAACGAUUUUUGUAUCAGAAAUAUUUGUCACCAGCUGAUCGUGAUGAGAUUGCUGGAUCUUUGGGGCUGUCAAAUGCACAGGUAAUCACCUGGUUCCAGAACAGGCGAGCUAAAAUGAAGCGUGAUAUGGAAGAAUUAAAGAAAGAUGUUGAAAGUGUGAAGGCAUUAACGGGUCAGAAGAGCUUCCUGGAAAACAUCACCGAUAUGAAUCUGCUGAAGACCAAAAGCGUUCCGAUGCAUGAUGAUAGUUUUAGCCCGCAGAAGUGAUCAGUAAAAUUCCAAAAACGAAACAUCAACAAAAAACAUUUCUUGAGUUCUCUUUAACCUUCGCUUCUAAGACUGAAUUAUUUAUUUUUGCUUGAAGAAAUCUCUUCGUUCACUUUGCAAUAAAAUUUGUGAAAAUUUAUGGUCGGAAAAAUGUUCCUGU